ACCCAACCUAACCUAACCAACCUAACCUAAUCGAAAUUUUCUUCGUGCAUGGUGAUUGAAAAUUUCAGUGAUUUUUUUGAUAAAAAUUGUGCUUACAUGGUCUCGAACCAUAUCAUCAAAUUUAUCAUCAUUCAUUAUCCCACUUCCCAUCCCCUCAUCAUUGGCUAUACGAUCCACCAGUCGGAUCGCUCAUCAUUGGCUCUUUCAUCAUUCCAUCCACCUGGCUCUCUCAUUCUUGGCUCCAUCGUUAUCAUUUCUGGCCGUAAUCAUCAUCAUCACUGGCCGAAAUCAUAUUCGCUUGUGGCUUUCAUCAUUGGCGUAUUUUUAAUCAUUGGCGUAUUUUUAAUCAUUGGCGUAUUUUUUAUCAUUGGCGUAUCUUUAAUCAUUGACAAAUCAAUCAGUAUCAUUUAUUUUUGUAUUAUUCACAUUAAUCAUUUGCUGUUUGUCUCGUAGCAUCAAGUCGUGUUCGUGGCCAGUUUGCCAAUGGCAACUGUGACCAAAUCCAAGAAAAUGUUGAGGGCAAAUAUCACUGAGAACAUUUUGUCUCCACCUCAUGAUUCACAACCUAAUCCAAAUGAUAAUCCAUCAACAUCAAAUCCAUCAACAUCAAACCCAUCAACAUCAAAUCCAUCGAGUGAGCAACCUGUAGUUAUCAUAAGUGAUUGUGAAGAAGAAAUGGACGACACCAGUAACGAUACCACAACGCAACAGGAAGUACCACUAUCGGCAUCAUCUUCACGAUCAACACGGCCAAAACGAACACCUCGUAAUACUGUCGAUUCUCCUUCUGUCACCAAUUCAUUAACGAAUUAUUUGGAUCGACCGAGAUAUACUACUGAUGCCGAUGCCAAAUUUAUAAAAAGUGUUCAUGUAGCGGUCGGUGGCUUGUCCGGCAACAUCACACGGGAAAUCAAACGUGAUACGUUGAUAGCGCUUUCCAUUGCUGAUAGCAUGUACAGCGAAAUUGUAUUAUUACGAAAACGAUUGAUGACUGCAACCAAACGUAAAAGUGCUGUCCUCGAUCAAGAUGAUGACGAAAUAAUGGACAUUGGCAAUAUGGAUAAUGACGUAACUGGCUCGAAUAUUCGUGAGGAAAUGAAUGAAAUGAAAUUGGCAAUCAACAAAUUAACUGCGCUCGUCCAAAAUAACAUCAAUUUGGCGACAACUACACCACAACGACCAGCACCACAACAGCAAUUGCAGAAAACAUUUAGCGAGGUCAUUAAACAACAUUCAGCAAACAAAACACCGAUUCAUCGAACUAUUGUAUCAAUUCCUGGCAACGAAAAUUCCGAAGCGACGCAACAAAUGUUAACCACAAAAAUAGUCCCAGUCAAUGAAGGCAUAAAUAUUGUUGAAUCACGAAAAUUAUCUAAAGGAAAAGUAGCUAUUGAUUUCACCAGUCCGGAAAGCCAACAGAAAUUCGAAGAUAAAGUUGCAGCCACACCUGAACUUGUUCAUGAAACACCGCGAAUAUUAUAUCCGAUGAUGAUUAUUAAAGGAGCACCUGCUCGCAUCGAAAAAGAACAAUUGCCGAACAUGAUCAAACCAUUCAAUCAUUUGAUAUCUGAAUUCAUCAACAAAAAUAAUCUGAAAAUUGAACAAGAAAUUGAACCAGUAUAUGCUCGUCAAAAUCGCAAACCUGGCCUUCGAAAUUUUGCCAUCCGUGUCAAUCCAAAAUUACGUGACAUUAUCGUGGACAAAAUGCAUAACAAAAUAAUCAUUGAUUAUCAAACAACACAUAUUGAAGAUAUGACACCGGUUAUGCAAUGUUAUAAAUGCUACGGAUAUAAUCAUAAAAUCAGUGAAUGUCAAGUACCCGACCAAAUGUGUCUCCACUGUGGUGAUUUCCACAGCUUCAACCAGUGCCCAAGAAAAUCGUCACCAGCAAUCUGUUUAAAUUGCAUUCGCUCGAACAUCACCAAUGCCACAUCACACAACAGCGUUAACCGGGAAUGUCCAGUCCACAUCCGCCUGCUAUCUCGAGUGAUCAAUAAAAUUCAAUACUGACAAUCACCAAGUUCACCAAAUCGAUCAUCUUAAAUUC